GGCGCUUGAGACAGCGAUUUCAUGAGUUCACGCCAACCAUCCGCCAAUCAAUUUAGUGUCGGAUGAAUUACAUGCCUGUUGCAAGUAGGUGAGGCGCGAAGUGAUACUAUGCACCCUACUAGUUUCCGACUUACCUGCAUGUAACCCUGAAUUGCGGCACAGUAGCAAUACACCAUAUCAAUAAGAGGACAUGAUGCUUCUUGCUUCUCAAUCCAUGCUCCUGGAGAGUUGUCGAUCUUCAAUUCUACAGACAUGUUUCGUUCCGCGCCCGCAGUUCCCUUCCAUCAAUAUAAUGACAUAAAGGACCGGCCCCUCAUUCGAGCAUCAACAACGUUCUACGACCGGAUCGUCACUGAUUGGUGGUGGUGGGAGCUACUCAGCUGGGUCGUUAGUUUCGGCUGUAUGGCGGCUAUCAUAGGUGUGCUCUGGUAUUAUGAUGGCAAACGGCAGCCAGAGUACUUAGUGACAGGCAUCACGCUCAACGCAUACGUUGCCGUCUUUGCUGCAGUCUCCAAGGCAGCAUUGCUACUACCAAUUUCCGAAGCCAUUGGACAGUUGAAGUGGAUUUGGUUUCGAGAAGAAGCUGCACUGUGGGAUUUCCAACUCUUCGAUGCAGCCAGUCGUGGGCCUUGGGGUGCAGCCAUGCUUCUUAUCAGAGCAAGGUGUAGACAUCUUGUCUCACUGGCUGCCCUCAUCACCAUACUAGGCCUGGCAUUCGAGCCCUUCUUCCAACAGAUCGUUGCUUAUCCUAAUCGGAUGGUAGCCGUUGGACCUGGCUCAAUAUGGGCAGCAUUGAGUUUUAUACCCCAGUUUCCGGUCAGCACCCGCCAAGGAAGCUGUAACAAUGGUAGAGACCCGGCAAUGACUGUGGCGAUUGACAGAGUAUUCAAUGACCCGGACGCCGACAUGAGCCCCCCCACGACGCAGUGCUCCACGGCUAAUUGUACGUGGCCUACAUAUGCCACACUUGGUGUUGGCCAUAGCUGUCAAGACGUGUCUUACCUCCUUGAAUACCAUUGUAAGAAUCACACUGAUCUACUGUUCUCACAGGGAAGUGUUAUAGCGACGGAUCCCUGUGGCUACAAAGUGAACAAUACGUUUGUCACUGGUGUAGUAGGUAACUUGGGCUUUCGUACGGUGGUCACCUUAUCGACAGUACUGGUCGAAACUCUUGAUCUCAUGCCGGCAGGCAACAAUUACUGGAAUAGCACGGUCUUCGGGAAUUCGACUCUGCCAAUCUUGGAUUUCUACAUCGGUUAUACUCCCGGAGGUCCGGAAGCGACACUCAAAAACUCAACACCCGUAUUGCUGGAAUGCUUGAUCACAUGGAAUGCUCAAAUUAUGGAAUCUCGCUUUGUUCGCGGUUCAUUGCAGGAAUCCGUAUUAGACACAAUCGUCAUACAACCGGAGUCUCUAGAUGAAGACAGCCUUUGGCCCAUAACUGCUAGCUUGGGAUCGAACAGUACAUUCCAGAUCCUCAAUGGUACUACGCAACGCCUCCGUGACUGGAUUCUAUCGGAUCUUCCCUUUUACCUCUAUCAAGAUCCUGCGUACGAAUUCGGGCUUUACUCUGGCAUAUGGCGCUUUCACCAAGUCGCACCUUACGACUUCGGAGGCUAUCUCACCAACCUCACGAAAGCCAUGACAAAUGACAUGAGAUCACGAUUCUCUGGCACGAAGCGAAUUGAUGGCACGGCAUGGAGCUCAGAGCGUUUUGUGGAAAUUCGCUGGGCUUGGAUUACGCUGCCCGCGGUAUCGCUUGUGGGAAGCUUAGUCUUGGUAUGCGCAACGAUUGCAAAAGGGAGAAAAAGCCAGGCACCGGUUUGGAAGUCGUCUUCAUUGGCUACUCUGUUUCAUGGUUUGUCAGAAGAAACGCGUAAUCGCAUCGGCCCAGACUCAGCGACCAGCCAGAUUGAAGCCUUGUCGACGAAGCUGAGGGUGCGACUUUCAUCCCAAGACGGAAGCGCGCGAUUGAUCGCUUGAUGAACC